CGUCUCUGAAUGAGAGGAGAGGGUGACGUUUAGAUUUGCAAAAAAGAGUAAGGUUAUUUCGACUCAGUUUUUUCUCGGCAUGAACGCAGAUACGUCUGUGUCGUACUGCGGUAUGACAUCCAUGGAUUCAUACUAUUCACCAUCACCAGGUCAGGAAAGAGUUGAGCAGGUCAACCCCUACAGCGACUCGAAAUACAGCCCCACUUUCCCAGCCGGGAAAGGUCAAGCUUACGGGGACAAGCUGCGGAGUACUUUCCAGCAAGACUAUCAGGAUAUCACAGCAGAAAGCAUCUAUAACAAAUAUCAUCUUUUUAUGCAGAGACCCACAUGUAAAACACCCUGCGAGGACAGCAAACUACUCCGGGACGACGCGCUUAUCUCCUGCUAUGGUAAAGAUGGCGCUGGACUAACAGACACAGAGCUGUCUCAAUCUGGUGACACAGGAAUGGACGCUAGUUGCCUUGAUGUAAAAGACCCCGGGGUGAAAAGCCCACACGAACACCCUGUCUCCGAGCUUGGCAGUCAUCUGGAAAAGAGCGAAGCGGAAAACAACAAAAGCAAAAAGAGGCGGAACCGCACCACCUUCACGAGCUAUCAGCUGGAGGAGCUGGAGAAGGUGUUUCAGAAGACACAUUACCCAGAUGUCUACGCCCGGGAACAGCUCGCUCUGAGGACAGAUCUUACAGAAGCAAGGGUGCAGGUGUGGUUUCAGAAUCGCCGUGCUAAAUGGAGGAAAAGAGAACGAUUUGGACAGAUGCAGCAAGUUCGGUCGCACUUCUCAACGGCCUAUGAACUGCCUCUUCUUACACAAGCAGAAACUUAUGCACAAAUUCAGAACCCUUCAUGGUUAAGUGGAAGCAGCGCGGCAUCACCAGGUCCUGGAUGUGUGGUACCCUGUGAUACAGCAGCGUCCUGUAUGGUCCCUCACCCUCACUCUGCCAGCGGCAUGUCUGAUUUCCUGGGUAUGCCCAGCCCAGAUGGGAACAUGGGACAAACGCACAUGGGCGGUCUUUUCGGCAACCCGGGGGCGGGUGCAACCAUUAAUGACUUUGAGCUCAAUGUUGAUCCAGAUCGUAAAUCCUCCAGCAUCGCCAGCCUGCGUAUGAAAGCAAAGGAGCACAGCGCUGCCAUCUCAUGGGCCACAUGAUGCCCUCAUCUGGGACACAAAAGACCAAACAACCUCAGCCAUGAGCUGUCAGCACUAAUGAGGUGAAAGUUUAUGCCAUCUGGAGCCAAUAUGGACCAGCAAAUAAACAGAGCUUUAAUAUUGAACAUUUUGUAGAGGUUCGUAGACGAUGCUGCAGGACAGAGAGAGGUUAAAUGUGAGAGAUCUGAUGGAGCAGUUACAAAAUGGCGACUGCUUUAUGAACUGAAUUCGCAUGGACCACAUUUAAAGAAAGGUAAAGGUAACAGUAUGCACGACUGUUUGUUGCCCAAAUGGACAUUCAAACAAAUGUUGCCUUGUCCACACCUUGGGUUAUGAGUAAAUGAGUGUUGGAAUCCCAGUAGUGGCAGUGUUUAGUCAACUCCACAGGUGCAAAUGCUCUUUACAUGAUUCCUGUAGUCACAUUCACAACUGCUGCUGCAUCAGAACGCUUUACAUUCAAUCUAUAAAACCUAAACGCAUAAAAUAGCAGAUAAGUACAGUUAUACAGUAAUUUUAUUAUAGUUUACUAAAACGAAAUAUUAUUUAUAAAAUCUUGAACUAAAAUUAGAAAUGUGCCUCAGCAAUAAACUCAAAUCAUUUUAAGCUGAGGCACAAAAAUCAUUAACUGAAAAUAAAAUAAUUUAGAACAGUUCACCCAAAAAUGAAAAUUCUGUCACCAUUUACACACCAUCGUGUUGUUCCAAAUCUGUAUCAAUUUCUUUGAGAAAGAAUGUUUGUAACCAAACAUCUUGGCCACUCUUGACUACC